CCUCCUGCAGAAGCGAGCAGCACCACCAUUCAAACCCAUCCAAACUCAAGGCAUGAGCGUUUGCUCUUCCCCGCACAGCUGCUGCUGAUCAUCUGCCUGCAAAACAAACUCUGGACCGCUGUGGUUUACUUUAUUCCCCUAUUUACCUCCAAAAACGAGGCGGACUAAAUAAUUCUGGCCCUAAACACACACACAAGUGGUUUCCCUGACUGCAAACAUGGCGAGUGCCUCCUACCACAUCUCUAAUCUUUUGGAGAAAAUGACAUCCAGCGACAAGGAUUUCAGAUUCAUGGCCACCAAUGACUUGAUGUCUGAACUGCAGAAGGACUCCAUAAAGCUGGAUGACGAUAGCGAACGGAAGGUAGUCAAAAUGAUCCUCAAGCUCUUGGAGGACAAGAAUGGUGAAGUUCAGAAUCUGGCUGUAAAAUGUUUGGGCCCACUUGUAAGCAAAGUGAAGGAGUACCAGGUUGAAACCAUCGUUGAUACAUUGUGCACUAACAUGUUAUCAGAUAAGGAGCAGCUUAGAGAUAUUUCCAGCAUUGGCCUCAAGACGGUGAUCGGAGAGCUCCCGCCAGCAUCCAGUGGCUCUGCUCUUGCUGCUAGCGUUUGCAAAAAGAUUACAGGCCGCCUCACAAGUGCCAUUGCCAAGCAGGAGGAUGUGUCAGUUCAGCUGGAAGCAUUGGACAUCAUGGCAGAUAUGCUGUGCAGACAAGGAGGCCUCUUAGUGAAUUUCCAUCCUUCCAUUCUGAGCUGUCUGCUGCCUCAGUUGACGAGUCCUCGCCUGGCAGUACGAAAGAGGACCAUCAUUGCCCUGGGACAUCUGGUCAUGAGCUGCGGAAACCUGGUCUUUGUGGACCUCAUCGAGCACUUGCUGUCCGAGCUUUCACGCAACGAAUCCAUGUCAACCACACGCACUUACAUACAGUGCAUUGCUGCCAUCAGCAGACAGGCUGGUCACAGAAUUGGUGAGUACUUGGAGAAGAUCAUCCCAUUGGUGGUGAAAUUCUGUAACAUUGAUGAUGAUGAAUUGAGGGAAUACUGCAUUCAAGCAUUUGAGUCUUUCGUAAGGAGGUGUCCGAAGGAAGUCUACCCACAUGUCCCAACAGUCAUUAGCAUCUGUCUGAAGUACCUGACAUACGACCCUAACUACAACUAUGAUGACGAGGAUGAAGAUGAGAAUGCCAUGGAUGCCGACGGUGUAGAUGAAGAUUACCAAGGAAGCGAUGAUGAGUACAGUGACGAUGAUGACAUGAGCUGGAAAGUGAGGCGGGCGGCAGCAAAAUGCUUGGACGCCGUGGUGAGCACACGGCACGAGAUGUUACCAGAGUUCUACCGCACUGUUUCACCGGCGCUCAUCGCCCGAUUUAAAGAACGGGAAGAGAAUGUAAAAGCAGAUGUGUUCCAUGCCUACCUGUCACUUCUCAAGCAGACACGCCCGGCCCAGAGCUGGCUCUGUGACCCAGAUGCCAUGGAACAGGGGGAAACUCCUCUCACAAUGCUGCAAAGCCAGGUGCCCAUGAUAGUGAAAGCAUUGCACAAGCAGAUGAAGGAGAAAAGUGUUAAGACAAGGCAGUGCUGCUUUAACAUGCUGACAGAACUUGUGAACGUGCUACCAGGGGCCCUGACACAGCAUAUCCCAGUUCUUAUCCCAGGAAUCAUAUUUUCUCUCAAUGAUAAGUCAAGCUCCUCUAACCUGAAGAUAGAUGCCCUUUCCUGCCUGUAUGUGAUCCUGUGCAAUCAUCAGCCUCAAGUUUUUCACCCCCAUGUUCAGGCCAUAGUGCCGCCUGUAGUUGCUUGUGUAGGUGAUCCCUUUUACAAGAUCACCUCUGAAGCCCUGCUGGUUACCCAGCAGGUGGUCAAAGUCAUCAGGCCCCUGGAUCAAACGGAUGCAUUUGAUGCUUCGCCCUACAUAUCUGACCUCUUUGCGUGCACUAUCAAAAGGCUAAAGGCAGCUGAUAUUGACCAAGAAGUUAAAGAGCGAGCUAUUUCCUGUAUGGGGCAGAUUAUUUGCAAUCUUGGUGAUAGCCUUGGAGCAGACCUACCAGGGACUCUCCACAUCUUCCUAGAGCGUUUGAAGAAUGAGAUUACAAGGCUGACCACUGUCAAAGCUCUGACGCUUGUAGCAGGAUCACCACUGAAGAUCAAUCUGAGGCCCAUCUUGGGUGAAGCUGUUCCCAUUCUGGCCUCAUUCCUACGUAAGAACCAACGAGCUCUGAAGCUUAGUACACUGGCUGCUCUGGAUAUUUUGGUCAAGAACUACAGCGAUAGUGUAACAACGGCCAUGAUUGAUGCUGUGCUGGCUGAGUUGCCACCUCUUAUCAAUGAAAGCGACAUGCAUGUUUCCCAAAUGGCUAUCAGCUUCUUGACUACGCUUGCAAGAGUCCACCCAGACUCGCUGUCCAAGAUAAGUGGCUCUAUUCUGGCUGAACUCAUUGCUCUGGUCCGUUCACCGUUGCUGCAAGGUGGUGCCCUCAGCGCCAUGCUGGAAUUCUUCCAGGCACUUGUAGCUACGGGAACUGCCAGCUUGGGCUACAUGGACCUGCUACGUAUGCUAACAGGUCCUGUGUAUGCCCAGAGUGCAGCUCUAACCCAUAAGCAGUCGUACUACUCCAUCGCAAAGUGCGUGGCCGCUCUGACUCGUGCUUGCCCUAAAGAAGGCCCUGCAGUGGUGGGGCAGUUUAUACAAGAUGUGAAGAACUCCCGUUCCACUGACUCCAUCCGAUUGCUGGCUCUGCUUUCCCUGGGAGAGGUCGGCCAUUACGUUGAUCUCAGCGGCCAGCCAGAGCUGAAGACCGUCAUCCUGGAUGCAUUCUCUUCAGCCAGUGAAGAGGUAAAAUCGGCAGCCUCAUACGCAUUGGGCAGCAUCAGUGUGGGAAACCUCCCGGAGUACCUUCCCUUUGUUCUGCAAGAGAUCUCUGGCCAGCCCAAGCGACAGUACCUGCUUUUGCACUCUCUCAAGGAAAUCAUUAGCUCUGCCUCAGUAGCAGGUCUCAAACCAUAUGUGGAAAGCGUGUGGGUAUUGCUGCUCAAACACUGCGAGUGUACAGAAGAAGGCACAAGGAACGUGGUAGCGGAAUGUCUGGGCAAAUUAACGCUCAUUGACCCAGAGACUCUUCUGCCCAGGUUAAAGGGCUAUCUGUUGUCAGGAUCAUCUUAUGCCAGGAGCUCUGUAGUUACGGCUGUUAAAUUUACAAUUUCUGAUCACCCACAGACAAUUGACCCUCUUCUUAAAAACUGCAUAGGUGAUUUCUUAAAAACAUUGGAAGAUCCAGACCUCAAUGUACGAAGAGUUGCUUUAGUUACCUUCAACUCUGCAGCGCAUAACAAACCCUCCCUUAUUCGAGACCUGUUGGAUACAGUUCUUCCUCAUUUGUACAAUGAGACCAAAGUGCGCAAGGAACUAAUAAGAGAGGUUGAGAUGGGCCCAUUCAAACACACAGUGGAUGAUGGUCUGGACAUUCGAAAGGCUGCGUUUGAGUGCAUGUAUACGCUAUUAGACAGCUGCCUUGAUAGACUUGACAUCUUUGAAUUCUUAAACCAUGUUGAAGAUGGGCUUAAGGACCAUUACGAUAUUAAGAUGCUGACAUUCCUGAUGCUGGCUAGGUUGUCUACUCUGUGUCCCAGUGCAGUGCUACAGAGGUUGGACAGACUUGUAGAGCCACUCAGGGCUACAUGCACCACAAAGGUAAAGGCCAACUCCGUAAAGCAAGAGUUUGAAAAGCAGGAUGAGCUCAAACGUUCAGCCAUGCGAGCAGUGGUAGCCCUGCUAACCAUCCCAGAGGCCGAGAAAAGCCCUCUAAUGAGUGAGUUUCAGUCUCAGAUCAGCUCCAACCCUGAGCUGGCCGCCAUCUUUGACAGCAUCCAGAGGGACUCCUCCAGCGCCAACAUGGAAUCCAUGGACACUAGUUAAACGAUGAUGCCAACGACAGUGUGCCCCUCACCAUCGCUCCCAAGAAAAUACACAGAUAACCAAUCCUGGGGGACUCUUAUAUUGUUCCAUGCAUUGCACUGAAUCAAAAAAGGAGGAAAACAAAAAUCUAAAAUCAAGAAAAGAAAAAAACUUAUAAAAGUACAGACAUUCAUUCUCUUAAGCUUCAAAGCUUACUACCACAUUCUUUGUGUUUUUCUAUAAACAACAGGAAAAUGUUUCAGUUGUUCACUGUUCUCCAUUCCUUUUCCACCACUUUCUUUACUUACUUUUUUCCUGUUCAUAUUCAUAACUCCAGAGGCUACAUAAGUACCACCAAACACAGAGCUUUCAGAGGUGCAGAGCUAAGGGACUGUCUCGGUCACCUGAAAUUGAUGGUGUAGAAAUGGACCGCAGUAUUUGAGUUACCAUGGGUGAUUAAUUUACAUUCAAGGCUGCGGAUGACUCAAAUCGGGAUCACAGGGGUAAACAAUAGCACUCAAUGAGUUUGAAUGUUUAAGGACCAUUUUUUUGUCAUGUUUCUUAUCAGACACGUUUUAUUAGGUUUUUGUACAAUUCAAAUGUCAUCUCUCUUGCCUCUUUUUACUGUUGACAACUGAAGUAGAUAAGAGCGAGAUAACAGUCUUAGAUAUAUCCUGAUGGGGUCUGGAGUAGUUAGACUUUUGAAUGAAUGAUUGUUUCUUUUCACCAUUGAAUUUUAUUACAUUCCCAUUGUCUGAAAAAUUACGAGUCAUCUGCUUUUCAUGGGUCCAUAGAAAUGAGAAUUCAGCUGCACAUUAUUUGCGUAAUUUUAUGUUUGGCUCAAGCAAAUAGAGGUAAAAUACAACAUCAAACAUUGUUAUGAGGAAAUAUUUGCCCUGUAUGAAACGCACAUAUGUGAAUAAAACGACUGGAGAAUACUCUCUCUUCAGGUACUCUAUUCUGAAACAAUAAGGGUGUUGCUUGGACUAUUUAGAUUUGAUAGUUUGGUUCAAAAUACCGACUUGUUUGAGGGGCUCGCCUGUAAAAUUGUUUGGGAAAUUUUCAGCGAGCUAGCUUUAUUUACUGCAAUCCUUUCAGUGUUGUGUUGGGUACAGUUCUCCAAGAAUUUCUGAAAGUUGAUGAAUCUAACAUCACCGUUCAUCUCAACACACAGCAGAGCCACCUGCGAAAAGAGUUUGAAUUCAAUGCCCUGGAAUCCAUAAUGUGUAAAGUACACAAUCUAGGUUUAUAUAGUCAUUUACACACUGCAUUAUACUUCCAUUUGAAGUGUGACAGUACGGCAACAUUGUUCAGUAAGAAAUCAAUAAAAAGGUCCAUUGCUGCCUGCAUCCUGUGUCAAUUCAUGGU